AUGGAUUAUAACAACGACCUCUCACAACGUUUGUUAUCAGCAACCCCACAAGAGGACGGUAACCCACCUAGAAGCUCUGAAGGAGGUAAUUGUGUUUACGUGACGGCUUCUACAACUCGUAUGGAUACUGUGAUAUUCAUGCAUAAGUGGAGCAUAAGUCAGUUUUCUGUUCAACAGGAAUUAUCUAAUGCAGGGGAUUUUCUGGAGUCUAACAACUUUGGUUCCACUACGGGUGACUACAAAUUUCGUCUGAAGCUGUUUCCUUCAGGCAAGGAUGAAGAGUGUCGUGGCUAUCUUUCUCUUUUCCUUCAGAUUAUCAAAUGCCCGUCACCAAAAUUGCGUUUUCGAGUGAAUUUUUAUAUUGAUACUACUGAUGGUCCUCGAGGAUGUGCAUUGAAUAAAAAUGUUGUAACUAUAAAUCGUGGUGGUAUUGUAACCGCAUCUAAGUUUUUCUCCACGGAUACUCUUAAGAGCCGUAUUUCCCGUUUUCUUCCGGACGAUGUACUAACGGUAGGUGUUGAACUGACAGUUUACGGGGAACAGAGCAGUUGCGAGAUUGAGCCAGAUGAAGAGUUUUAUAUUAGCAGUGAUGGAGCCACUCACACUCCCAGAGAUGCGGACAGCUGUUCCCCUGUUCCUAGACCCCAAGUUUCUGCGUUUGGUCGUGAUAUUGGACAGUUAUUCGAUACUGGAGAUUUUGCUGAUUUUACCUUGUAUGUUGGCCGCCGCUCUUUUAAGUGUCAUAAAGCCAUCUUGUCUGCACGUUCGCCGUUUUUCCAAGGGAUGUUUCGCAAUCACACCAACCAGGAAAGUGUUAAGGGUGAGGCAACCUUGGAAGAUGUAACCCCGGAAGCUGUUUGUGCCAUUUUGGAGUAUAUAUAUAAAGACAGUUGCACUGAUUUGGCAAAAAAUGCAAUGGACAUUAUGGCUGCCGCUGAUAGGUUUUGUCUGGAUCGUCUUAAAUUGCAAUGCCAAGAUGUUUUGGUGCGUGACAUGAGUGCGGCGAAUGUUUGCGAACGUCUACGUGCAGCUGAUUUAUACGGAGCUCCAAAAUUAAAGAAGAAAGCUUUGAUUGUUGUUCAAAGACAUCGUCAAGCUAUUUUAGAUAGCAAAGAGUGGAGCGAGCUGGAGAGCGAACUUCCAGGAUUAGCUGCUUCGGUUUUAAAACAGUUAGUAACAUAUCCUGAAACUUUGCAUCGGUCAAGCAGUAUUCAUGAUACUUCUACUCCAAUGAAACGUCCACGUGUACUGUGA